ACAAAACCUGCGCUUACAACGUAAGUAUCGUCAAUCACAAAUCACACUUAGAACAAUGCCGAGCUGUCUCAACAGGAUGCUACUACUAGUACUCACUUUCCUGACUCACCAGACAUUCGCCCGAGAUGAAAUGGUGUACGCUAGAAAAUACGAAGAUGAUUUAGGCACUACCAGAUAUAGUACACCUGACUGUGAUACGUUAUCUUGGAUCAAGGGAUAUUGCGGAACGUGCAAUUGUAUCGGUAGCAAAUGUCAACAAAAGUGCACAUAUGGGAGAGCCAAAAUACUAUGUAUAGAUGGAAGACAAAAAACAGAUAUUAUGAAAUGCGAUGAUGAUCUAUGCUCUUGUACUGGAAUUAUUCCCGACCCAUUUAUUCCCGAUCCGAUUGUUUUCCGAUUGCCAGAUAGAAUAUCUAGUAGAAGCCGUAGUUCUGAGAUGAACAGAAAGAGAAGGGCGAUAUCUCGUUUACUUUCGCGAGAACAGAAACCAAUAGGAGGAGGAGGAGGAGGAGGAGGAGGAGGAGGAGGAGGAGGAGGAGGAUACCCAAUAAAAACACAAUACUGUGACAUGUUGCCUCGGAUAGAACAGCAAUGUGAAUCAUGCAGAUGUUUUGAACUUUUUGGCUGUUCAAAGAAUUGCACAUAUAGAAGUCCAAGCAUACCGUGCAUAAGUGAAGAAGCGAAAACAGAAAUGGAACAAUGCACACCCCUUUGCGAGUCAUUACCAUGGAUACCCGACAAAUGUGACGCCUGUAGGUGUUUUGACAACCAAACAUGUUGUAAAUAUUGCUCAUAUAGAAAGGGAAGACCUUGCAUUGGUACAAGCUAUAAGAGAGUGGUAGAAGAAUGCCCCGGAGAUUGCUCUUGCGUACCCCUUUGCGAGUCAUUACCUUGGAUAUCAGAUGGAUGUGACACCUGCAGAUGUUUCAACAACGCUGUAUGUUGUAAAUAUUGCUCUUAUAAAAAGGGAAAAACGUGCAUAGGUACAGACAGUGAAAGAAACUUAACAGAAUGCGCCGGGCAUUGCUCUUGCGAGGGAGGUGGAGGAGUAGGAGGUGUUGGUGGUGGAAUAGGACAGCCGUUCCUAAAUGACACGUUUAUGAAAUAG